AUGGAUAUUGCCAUCCAGCAUCCCUGGUUCAGACGUGCCCUGGGCUCUAUCUACCCUGCCCGACUCUUCGACCAGUUUUUUGGGGAGGGCAUGUUCGACUAUGACCUCUUCCCCUACACAGCUUCCACCAUCAGCCCCUAUUACAGACAGUCGCUGUUCCGCAGCUUUCUGGAUUCAACCAACUCCGGCAUCUCUGAGGUGAGGUCUGACAGGGACAAGUUCACGGUCUACCUGGAUGUCAAGCAUUUCUCUCCUGAUGAGCUCAAUGUGAAAGUCAGCGAUGACUAUGUGGAGAUCCAGGGCAAGCAUGGAGAAAGACAGGAUGACCAUGGUUACAUCUCCCGUGAGUUCCACCGCCGCUAUCGCCUCCCAUCCAGCGUUGACCAAUCAGCAAUCACCUGCACCCUGUCCAGCGAUGGCCUGCUGACCCUGACCGGACCAAAGGUCACCGGGGGAAGUGACUCCAGCCGUAGCGACCGCAACAUCCCUGUAAGCCGCGACGACAAGCCCAAUGCCGCUCCAUCCUCCUAG